GAUUCUCGUAAUUGACCGAUGCCAAGAGUUCGCUGUAAAUGCAUUGCAGCGAUAUUUUUGCAUAUGCCGUUCACAAUGGAGCUGAGAUGCAACCCGAUGAAAGAGGAAGGCACUACUGAUAUGAAAUAUUUUGGGUGGCAAUAUAUAAGAGAACGAAUAUUAUAAAUACAUCGUGAUAUUGCGACAUUGAACACACAGGUCAACAACACGAGCUCCAAAACAGGAUCAGAACAUCAAUUUUACGAAAACCACCUCGUAUUCAGAAACGAAUCCAAAAACAAGCCGUCGACAUGCAAUUCUCAACCAUCUUUGCCAUCUUCACCGGCCUCACUCUUGUCGCUGCACGUCCAACAAUUCCUGCAGCACUACAAGUUCGCGUGGAGGAAUGCAGUUGUUCUGAUGCGCAAAACGCCUAUACUGUCUGCUUGUUGGAGAGUUGUGGCCAUGGUUGCACAGAUGAAGAUGCCGCCCCUUGUGUUGCAAGUGUUGAGGCUGAAUGUAUCACUGAUUGGACUACUUGUCCAUUGCCACCUGCAUAGAGACCAAUUGAGUUGGUUUUGAAGGGAUGAUGAAAUGAAAAUGGAUGAUAUUUAUGAUUUAUGAUAGAAUGAUGAUCUGGGACUGCGAAGAAUUCUGCGGCAAUCCUCUGACACUUCGAGGGCCCUUAUAGCAAAUACUUCUGAUUGGUACGAGUUUUCUGCCUUUUUGCGAUGGAAUUUCAGGAUUAUUUAAUAAUAUGAUAAGAAAAAAUGGAAACAUGGGCCAAAAUGACUGAGUGGAGAAAUUUCUGAAGAAUGAAGUGACA